UGCGGGGCCGGGACCUGCCUUUGUUCCCCGCAGCGCCGGCCCGCAGCCCUCCCCGGCCGCAGGGACCGGCACACGGCCGCACGGACACGGAGCAUCCCCGGAAUGAGCCCCGCUGCUGCCCGCACCGGAGAGACCGCCCCGGGCGCCGCCGCCGUGCCCAGGGGCUGAAACGCUGGGCCGGCCCCGCCUCCGCCGUCCCUCUUUCCCUUCCUCCUUCUCCUCCUCCUCCUCCUCCUGCUCCUCCCGGGGCCUCCGAUGCCGCCGCCUCCCGCCCGCUGCUGAGCCGUGACGGGCGGGGGCCCCCGGGACCCCGCCGGGGACAUGGGCAACGGGAUGUGCUCCCGGAAACAGAAGCGGAUUUUCCAGACGCUGCUGCUGCUGACCGUGGUGUUCGGGUUCCUGUACGGGGCGAUGCUCUACUACGAGCUGCAGGGCCAGCUGAGGAAGGCUGAGGCCACGGCGCUCAAGUACCAGCAGCAUCAGGAGUCGCUCUCGGCUCAGUUACAAGUUGUGUACGAGCACCGGUCAAGAUUAGAAAAGUCAUUGCAAAAGGAAAGGCUGGAACAUAAGAAAGCAAAAGAAGAUUUUCUUGUUUAUAAACUAGAAGCACAGGAAACACUAAAUAAAGGAAGGCAAGACUCCAACAGCAGAUACAGCGCUCUGAGCGUGCAGCACCAGAUGCUGAAGAGUCAACACGAAGAGCUAAAGAAACAGCACGCUGACCUUGAGGAAGAUCACCGGAAACAAGGAGAGGAGUUCAGCAGGACAUUCAGUGAUCACAAGGAGCGAUACCUACAGCUGCAGCAGGAAAAGGAGCAGGAGAUCUCCAAGCUGAAGGAAUCCCUGUAUAACUUGCGGGAGGAGAACAGGCAGCUGAGAAAAGCUCACCAAGACAUUCACACCCAGCUGCAGGAUGUCAAGCAACAGCAUAAGAACUUGCUGUCCCAGCACAACGAGCUUGUGGUGACAUUGGAAGACCACAAGAGUGCACUAGCUGCUGCUCAGACUCAGGUGGAGGAAUACAAACAGCUGAAGGACACGCUCAAAAAAAUCCCAAGUUUCCAAGACCCGGAGAAGGUGGAAGGAGGGAAUGAGCAGCCCGAGGCGCGGGGUCCGUCCCCCCACAGCCUCCCCUCGGAGCAGCACGCAGCUGGGGCUGAGCAGCAGCAGGAGAACGAGAAGCCAAGGGAGAGAGAAGAAAUAAAUAGCCAGGAGCAGGACAGGGCUGAGCCUUUCCACGUGCAGGGAAGGGCUCACGAGGGCCAGAACGCCAAGGAGCUGAACGUCCAGGAGCAGCGAGAAGCUGGGGAGGAUGAGGAGCAACGGGCAGAGCAGAUGGAGGAAGAACGCAAAAAGGAGCUUGAGGAGGAAGAAAUGGAGCAGGCAGGGCAGCCUGAGCGCCUGGAGGAGGAACAGGACCAGGUCCCAGAAGAGCACGAAUGGAAGAAGCAGGAGCAAAAGGAGGAGGAAACCAACAUGUUGGGUGAUCACCUGCAGCCAGAGGUAAUGCCAACCAAGAGAGAGAAAGCAGCUUAUGAGCAGCAGCUGGAGCAGCAGCAGCUUGGAGCCCAGAGAGCAGAGGAGGCCAAGCAGCUCCGGCAGCAGCAGGAGUCCCUGCACCAGCAGAGGCUGCGAGGACAGCUCCUGAGGCAGCAGCAGCUCCAGGAGAGAGAGCUCCAGCUGCAGAGACAGGCAGAGCAAGGGGAGAAACUCCACAAGAACAGCCUCAGCCAACAGGCUCAUUAUGAUAACAUGGACCAGGACAUUGUACAAGGGGAGGAAGAGCAAGGUGUUCAGGAGGAGGAAGGAGCUUAUGAACACGACAACCAGCACCAGGAUGAAGGUGAAGAUGAUGAUCAGAAUAAUGCAAAUGAGCAGCAAGAAGCAGAACGUCAGGCAGAAAAUCAGCAGGCUGAUGAAUCAAAGGCGGCCAUGGAAGAUGUGAAUCCUGCUGAUGACCCCAAUAAUCAGGGAGAAGAUGAAUUUGAAGAAGCUGAGCAAGAGAGAGAAGAAAAGGUGCCGGAUGAAAACGAAAAGCACAAGGAGAUGGGUCAGAAACAAGGACAUCCAGGAAUGGAGGAGCACUUGGUGAUGGCAGGAAAUCCUGACCAGCAGGAGGAUAAUGUGGAUGAACAGUACCAGGAAGAGGGAGAAGAGGAGGUGCAGGAGGAUCUGACUGAAGAGAAGAAGCGAGAGCUGGAGCGCAAUGCUGAGGAGCCCUAUGGGGAAAACGAGGAAAAUGCAGAUGAAAAGAAUAACAGAGGGACAGACCAAGAGCAAGAAAUGCAAGACAACAACCAGAAAGAAAUUCAUGAAGAAAAUUAUGAGGAGGAAGAGGAGGAGGAGGAGGAAGGCAGAGCUGUUGCAGCAAAAACUCGCAGAAGAGGGGAGAUGUAGUUCUUCCCUUCAUUUAUCUUUUUCCAGUACACAAAUUCCUGUUGUGUUUUUAUGUUUUAAAAACCAACUUUUCUUAGGUUAUUUAAUUUCAAAAAAAAAAAAAAAGAAAAAGAAAAAAAAGCUUGUGUUUUUUCCACUUUUUACUUUUCUAUUAGGUGCUGUCCUGUGUU